AUGGAAGACGUUUCUGUUGACGUUAGGGAACACAUCAAAGGUGUAUGCGAUGGCGGUGCUCAAUUUUCAGCGCGACAGUGCAGAGGAGGGAUGGUCGACGCACGGUUCCUCCGGGAACUUGACAGAUUCUGCAAUGUCAUUACUGGCAAUCUGUUUAUCCGAGGAUUCAGGAGAGAACCGAAAGGUCUGGACAAUCUACGGCAAGUCAAAAAGGUCAGAGGACGCGUUGUGGUGAAAGACAAUGUUGCAAUCAGAGACCUAUCUUUUCUCUCAAAUAUGGAGGAGAUUGACGGUAAUCACCAUGGAGAUGCCAGCCUGCAUGUCUUCGAUAACCUCAAUUUCGGUAUGAGGGGACUUUAUUCCAUCAGGAAAAUUCGUGGCGAUGUAGUUAUUAAGACGGAGAAGGAGGAGGAUGUUCCCGUGGACGUAAAAAAUCGGCUCAUAUCUGUGACAGAUGGGUCGGUAAAGUUUUUAACAAAAAACGAUGAUAUGAGAAGAACGGAUGCAACAACAGAAACUAGUGAGGUUCUAACUGAAGCGACGGAGCAUACAUCAGACGAAGAAGCCCCAGAAAAUACAGAAGAUCUUUUGGAAGAAUCGAUUUCAACAACUACGAAGUAUGUAGAAAGGGAGGGAACUACAACUAAUGAGGAUACGGAUCAGAUGCCGAGUAUUUUUCCUGAGAAGGAUAGUUCUUCUGAGAAGAAUAUCAUGUCAUUAAAGAAAAGCAAUUUCGAGAAGGAAAGAACUGGUCAACCCAGCCUUACCAACCGCAUCAUAGUAAUAGUAGGUCAGUUUGAACAGUUUCUUGAUGUUGUUUUUGAGUCUCGGGAUGCAAAAUUGGGCUUGAUUGCUUCAGGGCAAAACUGA